AGUUAAUACGCUGAGAGGCAUUUGUGCGUGUUAUCCUUCUCCAUAAAUUCUCCUUCACGUGUUCAAUUAAAUAAAAAAUUAUUAUUGCAUUUAUUGUAUAUGUUUUUUUUUUUUUUUUAAAAAGUGAGAAAUAAUUUUAAAUAUGGGGGUCUACGACUUUGCGGAAUCAAAGUAUAAUGUAGGGAGUUCUAGUUUUUCUAAACUAGCACCUAAACGACCAGCAAUUAUAACACUAAAUGAAAAAUCAAAUAAAGUGCAAAAAGUUGAAGAAAAUAGAAAUUUUGAACUGUCAAAUGAAACAAAUAUUGAACUUCAAAAAGAAAGAAAAUCAUUACCAGUUUAUAUACAUAGAAAAGGAAUUCUUGAUCUAAUAAGAAAGCACAAUACUCUAAUAAUAAUAGGAGAAACGGGAAGUGGAAAAAGUACACAAAUUCCACAGUUAAUAUAUACUGCUGGCAUCGCAGGUCGUGGAUGUUGCAUUGGAGUUACUCAACCAAGAAGAGUUGCUGCUGUGACUCUCGCUCGUCGUGUUGCUCAAGAACAAGGUGAAUCUUGUGGAAAAAGAGUUGGUUAUUGUGUGCGUUUUGAUGAAAAAGUUUCUUCCGAUACAAGAAUUAAAUAUGUAACAGACGGUAUGAUGGUGCGUGAAGCAAUGACCGAUGAGGUUCUUUCCAAUUAUUCUGUAAUAAUAUUGGAUGAAGCUCACGAAAGAUCAGUGCACACCGAUGUUCUUUUUGGUGUUACAAAAAGAGCACAAAGUUUAAGAAAACUUAAAAAUCAUCCCCCAUUGAAAUUAAUAAUAAUGUCAGCAACAAUGGAUGUAGAGAAAUUUGCCGAAUAUUUUCAGGGUCAAGUUGCAUAUAUUGAAGGUCGUCAACAUGAUGUUGAAAUUUUUCAUGCCACAAAACCACAGGAUGAUUAUCUUUUUGCAGCUCUUUCAACAGUUUUUCAAAUCAAUCGUGAAUCUCCACCAAAUGAAGAUAUUCUAGUAUUUUUAACUGGUCAAGAGGAGAUAGAGAAUGCAGUUAUGCUUUGUCGAGGAGCAGCCAAAUUAGCAGAAGGAAAAGGAUUUCCUUCUGUAAAAGUGUUUCCUCUUUAUGCUGCAUUACCAGCUCAUCAACAAUUAGAGGCAUUUAGACCAUCUCCUCCAGGAAUGCGAAAAGUAGUUAUAUCGACAAAUAUUGCUGAAACUUCCGUUACAAUAGGAGGUAUUCGUCAUAUAAUUGAUACUGGCGUUGUAAAAACAAGAAUGUUUCAUCCAACAACUGGAUUUGAUAGUUUGAAAGUUGAAAAAGUAUCUAAGGCACAGGCUCGUCAAAGAACUGGUCGUGCUGGUCGAUUGUCCUCUGGAUGUUGUUAUAGAACGUAUACUAAAGUUGAAUUUGAUGCUUUGGCGGAAAUGCCUAUUCCUGAAAUUUUAAGAUGCUCUCUUGUUGGCGUUGCUCUUCAAUUAUUGGCUAUCGGUAUUGAUAUUACAACUUUUGAUUUUAUGGAUAAACCACCAAAAGAAGCUAUUGAAGUAGCAGUGGCAUGUUUAGAAAAACUUGGCGCUGUGAGAGGCUCACCACCACAAUUAACAACUUUGGGUCGCACAAUGUCACGUUUCCCGUUAGAUCCUCGUUUUACAAAAGUGAUUUUAGCUUCUGUUGAACACCAAUGCUUGGAAGAAGCUCUCAUAGUUAUUGCAAUGCUCUCUGGAGAAUCUGUGUUUAAUGAACCUCCAAGCAAAAGAAAAGAAUCCGCUAUUGCAAGAACAAGGUUUAGCUCAGAGGAAGGAGAUCAUGUUACAUUAUUGAAAAUUUAUCGCAAUUAUGUGGAAACAAAAGAGAAGAAAGUUUUUUGUAAAGAAAAUUAUUUGCAUCACAGGAAUUUAGAGUAUGCAUGUAAUGUUCGAAAACAAUUGGCUGAAACGGCUGAAAGAGCUAAUUUGGAAAAAUCAAGUUGUGGAACAAAUACUGAAAAUUUAAGAAAAGCUCUUCUCGAAGGUCUCUACGAUAAUGUGGCUGAACUUCAAAGAGAUCAAACGUACAUGACUCUUGGUUCAAGACAAACUGUUUCAAUACAUCCAUCUUCAGUACUUCAUAAUACAAAACAUUCUCUUGUAUUAUUUACUGAAAUUGUGUGCACUGGCAAAAACUAUAUGCGAGGCCUUUCUACUAUUGAAACAGCUUGGUUGAGGUAAAAAAAAACUUGUUAUAACUAAUAUAACAAUUUAUUAUUUGUAUUAAGAUACUGUAAAUAGAAAAUAUUUAUACAAUAAUAAAGAAUUUUUUUAUUACAUUAA